UUAUUUUUAGGUAUGUCUGUUACCAGUUUUCUCUCGCCCAUGUUUUGGGACGAGAUUGCUAAUUCCAACUACAUUCGGAUUGAACUGUACGCUAUGAAUUGGACUCUUCUAGACAUAGACUUGACAGCGCUCAUAGGAGUUGGAGCUCCCUAUAGCGGACCAGUAGCAUUGCGUCUUGACACUUCCAAACUUGUAAAGUCUUCAUUGGCUAAUAAAUGGAAAGAUAUCACAGUUUUCAGCUCCUCUGGAAACCUACUGGCUAAAAUAGAGAAGCCGAAUAAAAUGUUGACGAUGGGGUGGACUUUGGAAGAGGAUUUGGUGUGUGUUAGUGAAGACGGGCAGGUUAAUGUGUUCGACCUGGAAGGGCGGCCGAGGUUGUUCACAAAUAAAGUGCUCUCUUUUGGCAGUGAUGUCAGGGACAUAUCCAUCAUUGACGCCCUGGUGUACAACGAACCCAAGAGGGCACAUACAGGUGUUGCCAUUUUGACAACUCAGUUCACAUUCUACGUGAUGCCCAGUGUGGAACAGGAGACAUACCUCAAGUACCCAGACGUACCUGGACUGAACAUGCCCCCCUCUUGCUGGUGCGUCUACUUCCCAGAGGGGUCCAAAGCAUGUAUCCUUCUGGCUAAAGAGAAGUUCAUGUACACUUUGUCGCCUGAUGGGACCAUAACAGAGACUCUUCUGCAGACGAGGAGUCCUGUGGAUACUUUCGUUGCUUGUGCUCUGUCCAGAAACUGCAACUACCUUGCUCUGAUGGGCAACACGGGCGUUGUGUGGCUAGGCACUGCGAACAUGAAGACGAAGUUUGCAGAGUACGACACUAAACAGACUCAUGUGCCGAAGGAGUUCGCAUGGUGUGGAACUUCGGCUGUAGUAAUGUAUGACAAUAGAACGAGGAAUCUGUCUCUGAUUGACCUGAGUGGACAAUGUCUCAGAUACGAUGUGGCCAAUGACGUCAUACUCAUCAGCGAAAUGGACGCACUACGCAUUUUCAGCGAGGAGAACCAUGAAUUGAUGCAGAAGGUGCCGCAGAGUGUGGUGAGUAUCUGCAGUAUGGCAUCUACCACAGCUGGGGCCAAUCUGUUCGCAGCUGCCAAACUAUUCAGUGAGGAGAGUGCGAAGAGCUACGACUACCUAGAGGAGUACAGACAAGAUAUGGAAGUGGCUGUUGACCAGUGCAUACUAGCUGCUUUGGAGUGCCAUUUCCCCAACGAUCAGGAGGAACUGCUUCGUGCUGCUUCGUUUGGAAAAUGCUUCACAUCGGACCCCUCAGGAGCAGAGAAGUUUGCCAGUGCAUGUCGCACCCUGAGAGUGCUGAACAACAUCAGAGAUCCCCAGAUAGGGGUGCCCCUCACGCACCAGCAGUACAAGGCACUCGGAUUCACAUCAGUGGUCGAUCGAAUGAUAUUGCGUAAUCUCUGGCCUCUAGCUGUGUCUAUAUGCGAACAUCUUCAGAUCCCAGAAGCAGAAGGUGCGAGUAGAGUGAAGAAACACUGGGCAUGUUGGAAGAUAACCCAGGAUACUUUAUCAUCCCGAAAAAUGGCAGAUGAAGAACUGGCUAAAGUCAUUCGCAACAAGCUAGAGAAAUCAUCGGGCAUAUCAUACGCUGAUAUCGCUAAGCGCGCGAUUGACUGCCAGAGAGACGAACUGGCGAUUCAGUUGUUGAAUUUUGAAACCAGAAGUUCACAUCAAAUCCAUUUGCUGAUUAAACUUAACAGACAUAGCGUGGCUUUGGAUAAGGCUAUUCAAAGUGGAGAUCCUUUCUCAAUUUAUGACGUCAUAAUAAAUCUCCAGAACUGUAUGUCUAGUCUGGAGUUCCAACGUCUCAUCACGUCGAACAAAAGAGCUCUGAGUUACUACAUGAAGUAUUUGAAGAAUUCGAGUAGAGACCAGUUGCUGAGGAUGUAUGGACAGAAUGAUGAUUAUUUCAACCAAGGAUUGUGUAAACUAGACGAGAGCUAUCACGAGAUCAGUAAUGACAACAAAGUCAGUGUGCUUAAAGAGGCGAAGGCAGACUUCGUGAGUGCGAAGGCGGAGAUAGUGAGCCAAUUAACAGAAGAUCAAAUCAGACUCUAUAAGUCACAACAAGCACUCGAAGAUUCACUCAGGUGUCCGAAACAGCUAUUUGGCCAGUCUCUCCACACGUACAUAUUGAAUCUGGUGAAGAGGGGGAGAUACAAGGAGGCAGACAAUGUGAAGAAAGAUUUCAAAAUGUCAGACAAGAAGUACUGGUGGAUCAAGAUAGAAGGUCUGGCCGCUCGGGAGGACUUCAGUGAGCUGGACAAGUUCUCCAAGUCGAAGAAGAGUCCGAUUGGGUAUGGGCCCUUUGUUGAACUGUGUCUCAAGUAUGGCCGCAGACAGGAGGCAGACAGAUAUCUCCAGAGAAUCCCCACCGAGGAGAGAGUCAUGUCGUACAUCAGAAUGGGUGACCUUGAAAAGGCGGCCGAGCAGGCAUUCGUGAACAAGAGUGUGGAGGAGUUGAACAGAGUGGCAGACAGAGUCACAGUCGCACUCUCAGCAGCCGCUUCUCCCUCAGCAUCAUCAGGCACUGCUGGAUCCUCAACAUCGGCAGGCACUGCAGUGGGAGUAGUUAGCGCACAGAAUCUAAGGGCAUUGAUGACCAGAAUACAAGUCAAUGUGGAGAAACUCAACAGCUGAGACGAUGACAGUCAUUGAAUACUGAUGUUGCAGUAGGUUGCAAAACAAGUUAUAAGUCCGUCAUGACUAUUUAAACUGCUGCUAUAUUAUGUUAAUAUGCGUCUGUCAUGUUUUCAGGCGAACAACUGGUGCUACAGUCAAAACUCAUGAGUCGUAGAAAUUGCAAAAGUACGGUAGAAAAUGCCCGUGAAAAGGGCACGGAUAUUAUUGUUGCAACAAGAAUUGUCGUUAAGCCCAAUAUUUAACACAAAAUUUGUUGAAUAGAUUAGGUAUAAAUAGUUUCAUGCUCAGCAAAUUUCUAUUUUGUUUACUGAAAUUUUACUUGA